CGUUACGUUAGACCAUAUUUGAUUUGUUUUGAGCAUGUGAAAAAUGAUCGUAAAAACGUUUACGAUGUCUUCUGGCCCUCUAUAUUAUUCACUAGUUUAAAGUGAAAAAACCAUUAUAUUUGUUUAGAACCUUCGUAUACUCUUCAAAGAGUAAUACUGAAAAAUAUUCGUUUUAAACGUUACUCAUAGCUAGUGUACCGUGUUGAAUGUUAUCUCUGUUAAUUUGUUGCAGAAACGAGAAGGGAUUAACCUUCAAAAUUGGUAGCAUAUAUAUACGUGUGAUUUCAAUUCGAGCUUUUCUCAAAUACCGAAAUUGGCUACCUCUUUUUCAAAUGGCUAUUAAUCAAGAGCUUCUUGUCGUGUUACAAGAAAAACAAAAAGUCAUUGAUAGAGAGCCUUUUCGAAAUUUUCGAAUUGACGAUCCAAAAAUACUGGACUGUGUCGAGGGUCGUGAAAUUUGUGGGAAAUGUUAUAAGUCGAGGAAAUUCUUUUGUUAUACUUGCUACUCGCCUGUCAUCGAUCAGAAAUAUUUUCCCCGAGUUAAGUUGCCAAUAAAGAUCGAUAUAAUCAAGCAUGCACGUGAAAUAGAUGGAAAAAGUACAGCGAUACACGCAGCCAUAUUAGCUCCCGAUGAUGUGAGAAUUUAUACGUACCCUGAGUUUCCAGAAUUCUUGAAAAAUGAGAGAAUUGUUCUUAUAUUUCCUAGCGACACAGCAACUACGGUUGAACAACUUUGUACUUCAGAAUACAGACAAGGAAUUGAAUACUGUGGCAAAGAAACUCAAGGAACACUGCCUAUCACUAGAGCUGUUUUUAUCGAUAGUACUUGGCAUCAAACCAAAGCAAUUUACAAGGAUCAGAGACUUCGAGAUUUACCUUGUGUGAUUUUGAAGUCCAGAAUAUCUCAGUUCUGGCGUCACCAGAAAAAAAGUCCACGUUGGUAUUUGGCGACGAUCGAAGCGAUACAUCAGUUCAUGGUGGAAUUGCACGAGUGUGCAUUCGCAACAACGGAGGAUCACGUGUCGAGAAGUUCUGCUAAUUCACAAGCUUCUUUACCAGUGACAAAACCUUAUUCGGGGGAGUACGACAAUUUGCUCUACUUUUUUAAGUACAUGUACGAGAAAAUUCACACUAUUUAUGACCAUGACAAGCUUUGGGCUUAUAAGAGACCGUUGUUGUGACAGAAAAUGUAUGGAAAGUGUUGUUAUAGGUCUCAUCGACAAAAAAAAUAAACUUUAACAACAUUAAUUUAUAA